CGCCCGAGACAGUCUGCCCUAUGCACUCCAGUGCAGUCCGGCCAUGGAUGAAGGCAAAGCACUGAAAAUCCGGCUGACUUUCUCUGUUAUUUUGGUUGGCAUCUCUUUAAUGUUUGCAGCUGUGGUGACUGAUCACUGGGCAGUGCUGAGCCAUAGAGUGGAGCAUUACAAUUCCACCUGUGAGGCUGCUCACUUCGGGCUAUGGCGGCUCUGCACAAAACAGUUUUACAUCCAAGACAAAGCUACCAAGGAGCGGAGCUGUGGGCUGAUAACUCUGACAGGAGACCGUAACUGUUCCUACUUCAAACACUUCUCUCCAGGGCAGAGCACAGAGAUAUUUGAAAGAACCACCCAAAAAGAGUACAGCAUUUCCGCUGCAGCCAUCGCCAUCUUCAGCGUGGGCUUUGCAAUCAUUGGAACAAUCUGCAUCCUCUUAUCCUUUAGGAAAAAAAUGGAUUAUCUCCUGAAGCCAGCGUCCAUGUUCUAUACCUUUGCAGGCCUGUGCAUGAUCAUCUCUGUUGAAGUCAUGAGACAGUCUGUGAAAAGGAUGAUUGACAGCAAGGAGACUAUCUGGAUAGAGUACUACUAUUCGUGGUCUUUUGCCUGUGCCUGCACCUCCUUCGUCCUGCUCUUCAUCUGCGGGAUCGCUCUUCUGCUAAUCUCUUUGCCUCGCUUCCCACAGAAUCCGUGGGAGUCUUGUAUGGAUGCAGAACCAGAGCACUGAAGGCCUUCAUCUAGGCUCACUGCUUAUGCAUAACGGAAAGUGCUGUAAAAGAUUUGAUACUUUUUUUUUUUAAAGUGUCAGGAUGGUGGAGUAUGAAGACAAAAGUGUCCUUAGUUAAAAACCAGGUUAUUGAACCAAAGGGAAGUUCUACUAAUUAUUGUUUGUUUGGGUUUUUAAAAAAAAAAAAAAGCACAAAGAUCAGCAGCUUGGGUUACUCAAUUUGUACCCUCAAUCCACCGAAUGCUGGGCAAAGUCAUCGGCAAUUUGGGGAUGCAUUCGGCAAAUGCAGUUGAAGGAAAGUGCGAGAGCACGAGAUGGUUUAAUGAGAAGGUGCAUAUUCUAGUGGUUAAAGCACAGGACUGGAGUUGGGAGAUCUAGGUCACAUUACUGGCUUGGCCACAGACUCACUGUGGGACUUAUAGCUUCUCUGUGAGUCAGUUUCCCCAUCUUUACAAAGAGAAUAUUGCUUCCCUAUCUCACUGGGGUGGUGUGGGGCUGAUGUUUGUACAUAAUUUGGAGAUCCUCCCAUUGGAAGUGCUGUCUCAUUAGCAGUGUUACAAUAAAAGAGAUUUAGGGAUAAAAUCGCUCUUACAAAUGUACCUCCUAAACUCUACAAAUUAUUUUGUUCUGCUGACCUAAGCACUUGUCAUAAUUAAAACUCCUUCGAGGAGUCCAGUGGCACUUUAAAGACUAACCAAUUUACUUGGGCAUAAGCUUCGUGGGUAAAAAACCACUUCUUCAGAUCCAUCUGAAGAAGUGUUUUUUUACCCACGAAAGCUUAUGCUUAUGCACCACAUAAAUCUGUUAGUCUUUAAGGUGCCACCAGACUCCUCGUUGUUUUUGUGGAUACAGACUAACACGGCUACCCCUGUGAUCAUUAAAAGUUCUAUGACUCCUGUCGUAUUUGAAUGCUAAUGGCAAAGCCAAGCAAGUACUGACCUGUAGGGACAAUGUUUUCCUUUAAUAAAGAGAUGGAAUCCCCCACUGAGGUACGAUUCCUGUUUUCAGAACAAUGGUUUUGGGGGAUGAACCAUACAGGUGUCUGCUUCACUGUAACUCAGAGUGGUAUUUCCUGUACAGAGCUUCACAUUUGUGUCUUGUUGCUGACCUUUUGUCGGAACAGCCCACUUGAUGCUUCUGUUUUGCAAAAGCGUUUUUAAGCAAGAACUCUCUAAGGGAACUGCCAAGGAGGGAUGGACUUUAUAAACAAA